AGUUUAAAUCUGAAAAUGGAUUUGAACAGAAAAAAAAAUGAAAAAGGAGACUGAAAUUAAAAAAAGAUGAGCUACACAACAUACAGACAGAAGAAGUAUACUAAAAAGUUUGGGAAAAUCCCCAAAUCCAGAAACCCCACCUCCACCACCACCACUCUCACAAUCUCCUCUCCUCUCUCUCUUGGCUGCGAAGGCAAGUUAAAUUAUUCAAAAUCUACAUCGAGGGAUCUUUUUGUUUUGCACCCAAAUCUUCAGCCUAAGUGUGACAAAUCUCUGUAAUGCACUCAGAGGAUCACGAAGCCGCCGAAGCAGACGAGGAGGAAGAAGAGGAGAGAUAAUGGUCCCCGCGAUUCCUCAAGCAGCAACCUCCACCAGGAAACCACCUCCAGAUCCGCAAGACAAACCUCUCCCCAGCAACAAUGAACGAAGAAGACCUACACUCAAAAAUGUACCCUCUCGCUACUUAUCCCCUUCUCCUUCCCAUUCUCACUCUCACUCCACCUCCUCUAUCACAUCUUCGUCGUCUGCAUUACUCAAGACGAGUAAGCGGUAUCCUUCCCCUUUGCUCUCUCGCGCCACUCCUCCCGCUUCUAAUCGGAUCAACGCGCCUUCCUCGCUACCCAAUCGGUCUCAAUCGGUAGACCGUCGCCGGCCGUCGCAGACUCCUGUCGCUGAAAUGUCGGUGGCGGCGAAGAUGCUCAUCACUUCCACCAGGAGCUUAUCUGUUUCCUUCCAAGGAGAGGUGUUUUCACUUCCGAUUAGCAAGAAGAAGGAGAUUACUACUACUACCACCACGCCGGUUUCCCACCGGAAACCUACCCCCGAGCGGCGGAGGUCGCCGCAGGUUCGAGAUCAGAGGGAGAACUCAAAGCCGGUUGACCACCAGCAGCAGCAGCUCUGGCCAGGCGCUUCCACGAGAGGAAGUUCUAAAUCUGCGGUGAGUUCAGUUUCUAAAAAUGUGGAUUGUGAGUGUGAUGAUAGAGGGAAGAAGCUUGGAUCAAUGUUGCAGCAUUCUCUGAUUGAUGAGAGCUCUAGAGUUGUGAGACUAGGUUUAGAUUUGGGAGAAGGUGAUGAGAGCACGAGAAGAGUAACAAGACCAAUUUCACAUUCACGCUUGGGUUCUAGUGACUUUACUGCGUCUGAUUCUGAUAGUGUUUCAUCUGGUAGCACUAAUGGUGCGCAAGAACGUGGUGAAAGAAGGAGCUCGCAACGUAACGUUAUAGCUUCUGCUAAGUUCUGGCAAGAGACUAACACCCGGUUAAGACGGUUGCAGGAUCCUGGCGGCUCACCUCGGUGCUCUAGCCCGAGUUCGAGGAUAAGUAGUAUCUCAUCAAAGUUGAGUCAGUCUAAACGGUUCUCUGGUGAUACUCCGUUGGUGUCAUCUCCUCGUGGUAUGGCUUCUCCGAUGAGAGGUGGUGCUACUCGACCUGCUUCACCUAGUAAGGUUAAGGCGACAGCUACUUCAUCUACUGCUAGAGCACUUUCUAGUCCUUGUCGAGUGAGAAAUGGAGUUUCUGAGCAAAUGAACGCUUAUAACCGCAACUUGCCUUCGAUUCUUUGUUUCACUGCUGAUAUUAGGAGGGGGAAGAUUGGGGAGGAUCGGGUUGUGGAUGCCCACUUGUUGAGGCUUCUGUAUAACCGUCAUCUGCAGUGGCGGUUUGCCAAUGCCAGGGCUGACUCCACUUUCAUGGUGCAGAGACUGAGUGCAGAGAAAAACCUGUGGAAUGCAUGGGUAUCAAUCUCGGACUUGCGUCAUUCUGUCACUCUGAAACGGAUCAGGUUGCUCUUGCUGAAGCAGAAACUGAAACUAGCUUCCAUCUUGAAGGAGCAGAUGGGUUACCUAGAAGAAUGGUCUCUUCUAGACAGAGAUCAUUUGAAUUCUUUGUUGGGAGCAACUGAAGCCUUGAAAGCCAGCACGCUUCGUCUUCCAAUUAUUGGAAAAGCUGUGGUUGAUAUUCUACAUCUUAAGCAUGCUGUUAGUUCAGCUGUUGAUGUGAUGCAUGCUAUGGCGUCUUCCAUAUUCUCGCUGACAUCGAAGGUGGAUGGAAUGAAUUCAGUAAUGGCGGAGAUGGUGAAUAUCACUGCACAAGAAACGGUCUUGCUCGAACAAUGUCAAGGAUUCUUAUCAAUAGUAGCAGCUAUGCAGGUUAAAGACUGUAGCUUGAAGACGCACAUAAUACAACUAAGCCGGAAACUGACUUCACAACUGUAGAAACUGAUGAUGGGUUUAUGACUACUCUCUCACACCACUCCACAACAUGAUUGCUAACCAUGCUUACAUUCCCACGGCCUUUAGUCAUUUUCAACCGGAUCAAAGGUGAGAUUCUCGGAGGAUAUCUGUUUCCUUACGUAAGUUUCUUGUUUUGGAGAUUACAUCAGAGAAAGUUAAUAGAAUAGGAUGCGGUGCUUUUUUUACCUAUGAAGUUUUUAGCCUUAAUUGUAUACAAUGAAUCGUUCUCUUUGUUCUCUAAUGAAGGAAAAAGUGUAUAUAAAAGAAAGGUUCUCUAACGA